CGUCCCUGUGCUACGCCGCCCGGCCGGGUGCAUGCAUUGUGGGCCUCCCGACAUGGUCUGCGAGACGAAGAUCGUGGCCGCGGAGGACCAUGAGGCACUGCCGGGGGCCAAGAAGGACGUGCUGCUCACCGCCGCCGGCGGCAUGUGGCCCCCGCUGCCAGCCGCGCCCCCGCCCGCACCUGGUCCCCAGCCCCGCGACGGCACCGGGGGCGCAGGACCGCCGGCAGGGCGCGGCGUUUGCAUUCGCGAAUUCCGCGCAGCCGAGCAGGAGGCGGCGCGCCGCAUCUUCUACGACGGCAUCUUGGAGCGCAUCCCCAACACGGCCUUCCGCGGCCUGCGGCAGCACCCGCGCACACAGCUGCUGUACGCUCUGCUGGCUGCAUUUUGUUUUGCUGUGACCCGAUCACUGCUGCUGACGUGCCUGGUGCCGGCAGGGCUGCUGGCGCUGCGCUACUACUACAGCCGCAAGGUGAUCCUGGCCUACCUGGAGUGCGCGCUGCACACGGACAUGGCUGACAUUGAGCAGUACUACAUGAAGCCACCUGGCUCCUGCUUCUGGGUGGCUGUGCUGGAUGGCAACGUGGUGGGCAUUGUGGCUGCACGGGCCCAUGAGGAAGACAACACGGUGGAGCUGCUCCGCAUGUCCGUGGACUCACGCUUCCGUGGCAAGGGCAUUGCCAAGGCCCUUGGCCGCAAGGUGUUGGAGUUCGCUGUGGUGCACAACUACUCUGCAGUGGUACUGGGCACCACCGCUGUCAAGGUGGCUGCCCACAAGCUUUAUGAGUCACUAGGUUUCAGACACAUGGGCGCGAGUGACCACUACGUAUUGCCUGGCAUGACCCUCUCGCUGGCUGAGCGCCUCUUCUUCCAGGUCCGCUAUCACCGCUACCGCCUGCAGCUACGUGAAGAGUGACCGCCACCAUCUGCCCACUGCCCCAUCUGCCCUUGUCACCUGUGCCCGCCUGCCCCUGCCUGGCGCGGCCCUGCUUUCCAGCUCACCUUGGCGUUUGUGUUGGGUUUUCCUUUUGCAGCAUCAUGCUGGUUCCUCACUUGGCUGGUUCUGGGGGUUGUAGGGUAUGGCUCAUGCAGCUGCAACAUGUUGGUGGGGUGGAUUAUCCACAGCCCCAGCCCUUGCUCUCCCCAGCCUAUCAGGGUAGCUCACCAUGCCUUGAAGAGUGGCACUGUGGAGCACCUGGACUAUCCACAAAGCUGCCCAGCCUGUCUCCAUCAGGAAAGGUCUCUCCUCACCCACCAAGCACAGAAUAUCUGCAACAAAGUCCCUCAAGGAGCAGACCCCUGGCCCUCACCCAGGCUAAGGCUCAGCCAUUGGUCCCUGGAAGUGUGUGCCUGCUGGGCUGGCCAGCCACUGCCCCAUGGGAGGCUAAGCUGGUCCCAGGCCUUGCUUUGCUCUGUGCAUGCUGAGGAUGUGGCCUUGUUGCAGCAUGCUGCAUGCCACAGGCCCUGCCCCACUUUCCUGCCCAGCCUGGACUCCAGUACUGAGCUGGUGAGCUCCCCUGUCCCAGCCUGAGCUAGCCUCUGGAGGGCUUGCCCACUUCAUCCUGUCUGCUCUCUGGGGUCUGGACUGCCCCCACCUGGCUCCAUCCGGUCCUGCUUUGCUUUGAUAUCAUCUCACCCCUCCCUCUGGUCCCCAACUUCCCUGCUAGGGCCUUGCUGUCUUGGCUGGUUACCUGGGUGUGGUUCCCAUAGCAACCUGCUGCACAGUGUGGUGGUGCUGGUGGGGGUCUAUGGGCAAGCACGUACCCCCGCCUGCUCAAUCAGGUGGCCUAACUCAGGCACCUGAGGCCGUCUUGCCUCAUGCUGUUUAUGGGGUCUGCCCUGUGAAUCUUACUAGCCCAGGCUGUUGCCGGCAAUGCCCAGCCACAGCUUCUCCUAGCUUGAAACCAACCCAUUUUCUAAUAAGUUACUUAGACAGAAUAGCACUCUGCAUGACUUUAAUUCCUGGGACAAAAUGGUAGUUUGAGCCUUCAAACACACAUCUGUGUGGUGCUAGCAUAUGCACUGUCUCUGGCCCCGUUUGAUGUGGGUGGGUGGCCGGGUGGGUUAGGAGGUUUGAGUUUGGAGUCUGGAAGGAGACCCUCAUGUAGUGUAAUUUUUCCUGCAAAAGUACAAUCCUGGUUUGUGAGGCCUCAGGCUGCUGCUUGAGCUUCUGUGUGCAGGAUGGAAGGGACUAGGAGUCCCAAAGCCUCAGAGGAUGAGUGGGGCACUACCCUGGGAGCAGGAGCUGGUGUUGGGGGUGAGUCCUGCUAUCCUGCCAUGGUUGCUCAGCGGGGCCUGCUGUACUUCUGGCCACUCCUCCAUGUCCUACUUGGGGCCUGGUCUGGGUGGUGGUGGAUAGGAAGAGGAAGACAAUGGCAGGCAGUGGCUACAUGGCUUGCUGAGCCUGGCUUUGGUGCAGGGUCAUAAAGGCCCACCCAGACUCCUCUGUGUGGGGCUUGAGGGGAUGGGGAAGCUACUGGGGCAAGGAGCAGGCCAUGGGAUCUAGGCCUCCGACACUAAGGCCAUGUUCUGAAAAAGGCGCUUUUGAAUGAGUGAAUUGGAAGAACAAGACCAGCUUCCCAAGGGGCCUUUGUCCUGUUAGCAAUUGAGGCAUUUGCAGAACACUGUACAGACCCCCCGCUUUCCCCUGUACAUUCCUCCCUGGUGGCACCCGGUCCCCGCUUGGGGAUGGGAGUUUUGUAGACUGUACAGAAAUUGGCACCCUAUUUUCUUGCAGCUCUCAGAUUUUGUUAAUCUGGAUUAUACAGACAGACGUAAAGUGUUUUAGCAAAAUGGAAAACAAACAGUUGUGCCUUUU